AACGCAACCGAUGAGCUCACGGGCCACUGAAGAAGUAGAAGAAGAAGACGUUUGAAAUGUCGGACCCGGCGGCGCAGGGCCUGCAACCCCGGCUUCUCCAAGGCCAGUCGGCUGCAGGAUCGACUGGGUCCGGCGCCGCCGUCGCAACCGGCUCCGGUUCGGCUAACAGCGACCCAGCCAGGCCUGGGCUGAGCCAGCAGCAACGCGCCAGCCAAAAGAAAGCCCAAGUUCGAGCCUUUCCACGGGCGAAGAAGCUCGAGAAACUUGGCGUUUUCUCUGCAUGCAAGGCUAGUGACACCUGCAAAUGCAACGGAUGGAAGAACCCGAACCCCCCCACGGCACCCCGUGUAGACCUGCAGCAACAUGCCGCCAGCCUGAGCGAGCCGUGCCGCAGUUGUGGACAUGCCCUGGCCGAUCACGUGUCCCACCUGGAGAAUGUGUCCGAGGAUGAGAUCAACAGGCUGCUGGGAAUGGUGGUGGAUGUGGAGAACCUGUUCAUGUCUGUGCAUAAGGAGGAGAACACGGACACCAAGCAAGUCUACUUCUACCUGUUCAAGCUGCUGAGGAAGUGCAUCCUGCAGAUGAGCCAGCCGGUGGUGGAAGGAUCACUGGGCAAUCCGCCUUUUGAGAAACCUAACAUUGAACAGGGCGUGUUGAACUUCGUGCAGUAUAAAUUCAGCCACCUGGCGCCCAAGGAGCGCCAGACCAUGUUCGAGCUGUCCAAGAUGUUCCUGCUGUGCCUCAACUACUGGAAGCUGGAGACCCCCACGCAGUACCGGCAGCGCACGCAGAAGGACGACGGCACGGCCUACAAGGUGGACUACACGCGUUGGCUGUGCUACUGCCACGUGCCGCAGAGCAACGACAGCCUGCCGCGCUACGAGACCACGCACGUCUUCGGGCGCAGCCUGCUCAAGUCCAUCUUCACCGUCACGCGGCGCCAGCUCCUGGAGAAGUUCCGUGUGGAAAAGGACAAGCUGCUGCCUGAGAAGCGCACGCUCAUCCUGACACACUUCCCCAAGUUUCUGUCGAUGCUGGAGGAGGAAAUCUACGGUGAAAAUUCUCCCAUCUGGGAGGCCGACUUCACCGUGCCUGCCGCCGACGGGGCGCAGCUGGGACAUCAGAUGGUGAUCAGUCCGGCGCCAGUGUCAGGCUCGUCCGCCCUCUCCAAGGCUCUGAGCGCGGGUUCGUCUCUGAGUCUGGAUGCGUCAGGUUCCGAGCCAAUUCCAGGCGAGAAGCGUAAACUCCCCGAGGCACUGACGUUGGAGGAUGCAAAGCGCAUCCGCGUGAUGGGUGACAUUCCCAUGGAGCUCGUCAACGAGGUCAUGAUGACCAUCACGGACCCCGCCGCCAUGUUGGGUCCCGAGACCAACCUGCUGACGCCCAACGCGGCCCGCGACGAGACGGCCCGUCUGGAGGAACGUCGCGGGAUCAUCGAGUUCCACGUGAUCGGCAACUCGCUGUCACAAAAGUCCAACAAGAAGAUCCUGAUGUGGCUGGUGGGCCUGCAGAAUGUCUUCUCGCACCAGUUACCUCGCAUGCCCAAAGAGUACAUCACGCGCCUCGUCUUUGACCCGAAGCACAAGACUCUAGCCCUCAUCAAAGAUGGCCGUGUCAUCGGGGGCAUCUGUUUUAGGAUGUUUCCCACUCAGGGCUUCACAGAGAUUGUCUUCUGCGCCGUCACCUCCAACGAGCAGGUCAAGGGCUACGGCACGCACUUGAUGAACCACCUGAAGGAGUACCACAUCAAACACAACAUCCUCUACUUUCUCACCUACGCCGACGAGUACGCCAUUGGCUACUUCAAGAAGCAGGGCUUCUCCAAAGACAUCAAAGUGCCCAAGAGUCGCUACCUGGGCUACAUUAAAGACUACGAAGGAGCCACGCUGAUGGAGUGCGAGUUGAACCCAAGGAUCCCGUACACGGAGCUGUCGCACAUCAUAAAGAGGCAGAAAGAGAUCAUCAAGAAGCUGAUCGAGAGGAAACAGAGUCAGAUCAGGAAAGUCUACCCGGGCCUCACCUGCUUCAAGGAGGGCGUGCGACAAAUCCCCGUGGAGAGUAUUCCCGGCAUACGAGAAACAGGAUGGAAACCAAGCGGCAAGGAGAAAGUAAAAGAAGUGAAGGACCCUGAUGUGUUAUACAACAUGCUCAAGAACCUACUGGCCCAAAUCAAGACUCACCCCGAUGCUUGGCCGUUCAUGGAGCCCGUCAAGAAGUCCGAAGCACCCGAUUACUAUGAGAUCAUCCGCUUCCCCAUCGACCUGAAGACCAUGACCGAGCGCCUGAAGAAUCGCUACUACGUGACCAAGAAGCUGUUCAUCGCCGACCUGCAGCGCAUCAUUACCAAUUGCCGCGAGUACAACCCGCCUGACAGCGAGUACUGCAAGUCGGCCAACACCCUCGAAAAGUUCUUCUACUUCAAGCUCAAAGAUGGUGGCCUCAUUGAAAAAUGAGCUUUUUGUUGUUGUUAUUGCUGGGUUUUGUUGUUUUUUGUUUUUUUUGAGCAGGAGUCGAACACGACACAACGCAGUACCAAAGUUCUACACCGGACACCAACUUUAUUUAUAAGAUGUAAACAUCAUUCCACCUGUUCAGUCGCCAAAACCUGGACCUCGGGGACUUGAAAGCCACGUUGCCUUCGGUUACUGACACACUUGAAGCUCCCUGCUGCGUCUUUUUUUCCCCCUUUUUGUUGUUUAUUUUUGUAUAUAAAAAUAUAUUUUAAAUGAAAGCGCACAAAAUGGAUUUUGUGCUCGAAAAUUGACACUUGUUCAAAUGAACGUUUUAGGUCUUGUCACCAUCACUGUCACAAACAGGUUUUGCAGCUCUUUGUGCUAAAAACGUGAUUACAUAGAACAGAGGUAAGAAAUAAAAUUGCUGUGCCUCUGUCUUAAAAUAUGUGCUUAAAAAGUGCAUUAAUUGGGUGCUACGCAAGAAUUUGCUGCCUUCAGAAACCUCCAGUUAAAAGAAAAAAAAAACUUGCGGUUCUUUCCGACUUCAAACAUCAAGCGUUACAUUUCCAUGACGUCAUGGUUUAAAUGCUAUUUACUGUCACUGUAGUACUGUUAAUAACAAUAAAAGGUUGGUUUUUUUUUUGGUGGUAAA